AAAAACAGCAACUAUUUAUGGUUACUCUUACCACUCUCAUACACUGAUCUUUUUCCCCAAUCAUCAUAAUUCAUAAUUCUUAUAAGGGCAAACACACACACACAUUAUUUUAUAUAUUUUACAUACACACACAAUUCAUUGAAUUGAAAAAACAAAAAAUAAUACGAGGAUGUGGAAUAUGAAUAGGCAGAUUCGAUUGAUGAAAGAGAUAAGACAACAGUAUAAGAUAUGUAGAUCGUUUACUACAAUAGAAGGACACAGACCUACCAUUGUUCAUAAACAAGGUCUUGAUAUUCUCCAUGAUCCUUGGUUUAAUAAGGGAACAGCAUUCUCCAUGACUGAACGGGACCGUCUUGAAUUACGUGGACUUUUACCUCCAAAUGUCAUGAGCAAUGAACAACAGAUUGACCGCUUUAUGGCUGAUUUGAAGAGACUUGAGGUAAACACUACGGAUGGUCCAUCAGAUACGAAUUCAUUGGCUAAGUGGCGGAUAUUAAAUAGACUGCAUGACAGAAAUGAGACAAUGUACUAUAAGGUUCUUAUUGCCAAAAUUGAGGAAUAUGCCCCUAUAGUGUAUACUCCUACAGUUGGGCUUGUUUGUCAGAAAUAUAGUGGUUUGUUUAGAAGGCCAAGGGGAAUGUAUUUCAGUGCUGAAGACCGUGGAGAGAUGAUGUCAAUGGUUUAUAAUUGGCCUGCUGAUCAGGUUGAUAUGAUUGUCGUCACUGAUGGAAGCAGAAUAUUGGGUCUUGGUGAUCUUGGAGUUCAAGGGAUUGGUAUUGCAAUAGGAAAGCUGGAUUUGUAUGUUGCUGCAGCAGGAAUAAACCCACAAAGAGUGCUUCCUAUUAUGAUUGAUGUUGGAACCAACAAUGAGGCCCUGCUUAAAGACCCUCUAUAUCUGGGAUUGCAGCAACACCGCAUUGACGGCGAUGAGUAUAUUGCUGUUAUUGAUGAGUUUAUGGAGGCUGUUUUCACUCGUUGGCCUCAUGUUAUAGUGCAGUUUGAAGAUUUUCAAAGUAAGUGGGCCUUCAAGUUACUGCAACGCUACAGAUGUAGCUACAGAAUGUUCAAUGAUGACGUACAAGGAACUGCCGGAGUUGCAAUUGCUGGUCUUCUUGGAGCUGUUAGGGCACAGGGAAAGCCAAUGAUUGACUUUCCAAAGCAAAAGAUUGUUGUUGCUGGUGCUGGAAGUGCAGGAAUUGGGGUUCUGAAUGCUGCUAGGAAAACAAUGGCAAGAAUGUUAGGAAAUAACGAACAGGCAUAUGAGAGUGCAGGGAGUCAGUUUUGGGUCGUUGAUGCUAAAGGUUUGGUAACAGAAGAGCGUGAAAAUAUCGACGAAGAUGCAAAGCCAUUUGCGAGGAAGACUAAAGAGAUUGGCCGCCAAGGAUUGAGGGAAGGGGCAAGCCUAGCAGAAGUGGUGCGGGAAGUAAAGCCUGAUGUACUUCUUGGAUUGUCUGCCGUUGGGGGUUUGUUUUCUAAGGAGGUAUUAGAAGCACUUAGAGGGUCAACUUCAACAAGACCUGCGAUAUUUGCAAUGUCAAAUCCCACAACCAAUGCUGAAUGCACACCGGAAGAAGCAUUUUCUAUUGUGGGUGACAAUGUUAUUUUUGCAAGUGGAAGCCCAUUUGCUGAUGUGGAUCUCGGAAAUGGACACACCGGUCAUUGCAACCAGGGAAACAAUAUGUAUCUUUUUCCUGGCAUUGGUCUUGGCACUCUUCUUUCUGGCUCUAGAAUAGUCUCAGACGGCAUGUUACAGGCUGCAGCUGAAUGCUUAGCUGCGUACAUGACCGAAGAGGAGGUCCUCAAAGGAAUUAUUUACCCUUCCAUAUCGAGCAUACGUGAUAUUACAAAGCAGGUAGCUGCUGCGGUUAUUAGUGAAGCAAUAGAAGAAGAUCUAGCAGAAGGGUAUCGUGAAAUGGAUGGUCGUGAGCUCAGUAAGCUAAAUAAGGAUGAAAUUCUUUGCUACGUUGAGAACAAUAUGUGGAAUCCAGAAUACCCAACUCUAAUUUACAAGAAAGAUUGAUUGCUGAAUGCUCCAUCACCUGGGAAAAGAAGAUGGCAAGUGAAACUUGACCUUUUUGUUGCAUAGUUUGCUCAUACGAUCUUUGGUCAAACAUCGUGAUGUAGUUGAUGAAGUAUAAACUUACACUGGUUUGUGAGGUUGACUUGUGUUUAGAAUUCAUACAUCAAGUUUUUUUCCUGUGUUAUGAAUACACGCUCAAUACAACAUGUAAAAUAAGAACAAUAGCAUUAAAACUGUUAUCUAGACUUGUUGACAAUGUAAAAUUCUUUUGUAGAGUGCUUAAGUUUCGAAUGCUGUCUGCUCAAA